AUGGACGCAGUCAACGCCGCCAUCAAAGCAUCGCAGGACCUCCUCACGGCGCAGCUGGAUGCGAGGCUGGCCACAAGCAAGCAAGAAGUCAUCGCAGAGUUCGUCACGCAGCUCAGAGCACAGAUCCCCAUCAAAGACUACGAGAACCUCAUCGAGUGGGACAGGGCGGCAGACACCAGCAUCAUCGUGGGCACCGCGUCGGAGAACUACACCACGGACCAGCUCAAGCAGAGCAUCAAGCCGAUCAUGGACAAAUGUGAUCUCAGCGAAGCCGACUGGGAGGUGGUUGGGAAGAGCCCAGCGAGACGCUUCAUCAUGCAGUUCAGCGGGGACGCCAACGCAUCCGCGCGGAAGGUCAGGGCAGUCUACAGCAAGCUCAAGGGGGAGUUCCAGACCAAGCAGCUUGCCCAGUUCUGCAAUGCGCAGGAUGCCACGAAGCGGCGGCGAAGUGACCGACAGCAGGGCGUCACAUAUUGCAGCGACAAGCCAGUCCUUUCCAUCGUGGUCGGCUCCGCAAAGGACGAGCCCACCCGUCUGCCAUUCAAUUGUAAUGGCUGCCUUCAGCACGGCAUCAAUCGAGAGGAGAUCCGCAUGCAGUUCGAACAAUUCUUCCAGACCUCGCUCGACGCUCAGAACGCACAGCGGCAGAUCUGGACCCCCCUCAAGAGGAAGAAAAAGAUCGCGCUCAUGUUGCAGGUGGUGAACUCUUUGACCGCGCCCGCCUUGCAGGAGGUCCACGUCGCUGAUUCGGUCCUCAACCAUGAGAUCGUCAGCGCAGCGGGCACGCUCCACAGCAUGAUCGCGAUCUACAGCGCCCACAACUUGCAGCUCACUGCGGACCAGGGCCAACCCGCAAGGGGCGCGACUGGUGCCGUACUCAGCAGUGCUGCACAACGACCAGAGUGGACCGCGGCGUUCGCUGUGGAUGUCCCCAACUUCAUAAACGAGGCCAAGCUUGCGCUGACAGCGCCGCUGGUCAACAGAGGACCCCUUCGCCGUCGAAAUCACCGCCCAGAACACCUACUGCCUGGGGAACAAGCUCUGGGUAACAUGGUGGAGGUGGAUCCCGAGUCGCCGUCGCGCCACAAUGAGCAGUCGCAGCAGUGCGCGCGGAUUGAGGACAUGAUUGCCGAGAUCCGGCGCCAAUGGCCUCCUGGAAGGCAGGCGAGGCUGAGCCACGCCAAGCACGUUCGGCGCUACCUGGACAAGCACAUCAUCCCCUACGACUGCUCUCUGAUGAACAUCCUGUCGCUGAACAAAAUGCUGAACCUCACGUGCGGGCUCAACAUCUCGGCCCCAGGCCAGGAUGGGAUGCAGUGCGCAGCCUGGAAGCGCAUCCCCUCCGCGGAGUCGCUCCUCCUUGAAGUCGCGGUCGAGACGUUGGAGGGCCCUCCUGUACCGUUGGCCUUCAACGACUCGCUCAUGACUAUCUCUCCGAAGGGUUCGGAACAUGAUGAUGGAAUAUCAACUACCAGAACUGCUAAGGCCAUGAGGCCCCUCCCCCUGAAGAACUCGGACUGCAAGAUCGUCGCCGCCUUGGGCAUCGAGGUGACGAAGCCUUACGUCGCGAAAGGGACCCUCGGGGCGCACUUGGGCCUCCGACCGAAGCAUUGCUUCGUUGAACAGGUGGUUGCUACGGACGCGCAGUCCCGCAUUGGCGCCACGCAGGAGAACUUGACGUACGAAGACCUGCUGAUGGAGAAGGCUGACUUCCCCGAGGGCAUCUGCAACAUGAUGGAGGCGAACUACCUCCUGCCCGUCGCCUUCACCCUCCCUGCGGACAACACUGAGCGCUUCCGUGCCCUCGCCGUGGGCGGGCUGUUGGGGUGCCCUUGGUCGGGCUCUCUGUGGGCGGGGGGCCUGGGCCCGCUGUUCUGGGAAUCGCACUCGCGGACGACGCGCCUCAAGGGCGCGGUCAUCGGGGUCUGCGUUGAUGGACACAGCUGGGAGAAGGUAAUUAUCGGCUGGCAGCGCUAUACUACCAAGUUCGCCCACAUGGGGGCCCCGUCCAGCACUUCACUGAUGCUCUUCAACCAGCGGCUCCUAGUGCGGCCGCAGAAGAUGAAGAAGAAAGAGAGCUGGGCACCACCGAGAGUCUGGCACCUACCCUCGCAAGCCCCUCCCCGAGAUGUCUUGCUGGUAUGUGACGGCUGGACUUUGCUGAAUGCGGUCUCCCACGAGCUCAGCAACCGGUUGGCACCGCUCCGAAGUGCCACUGUCUCUGGCCUCAACUGGCAGUUCUACGCGAAGUAG